AGGGACUGAGGCCUCUGGGACUCCUGAUGAGGGACCCCCUGCAGCACGGCGCAUUGAGGGACCCAUCUGCAGCGGGGAGUGCCCAGUGCCCGGGACCGACGGCCAGGCUGCCACGACGGAGCCCGCUGCAGGGGAGAGCGGGGAACAAGCAGCUGGAGCUACCCACAAUUCCUCCCAGCACCUUGCCAGGCUCUGAGGCGGAGGGGCCCCGAGGCCCCGCCGUGCCCGGGCAGCAGCUGGCAGGGCAGACGGGGCGGCUGUGGCGUUCUUCCCGCCCGCGGGGGAAGCGCGGCUGGCGGGAGUGACACCCCCCCCCAUGGACGGGCCAGCCCUGGGCUGUGCUGCGGCGGGGAGAGCUCGGGAGUCAGGCACCCGGCUCCCGGCCGGCCGGCCGGCGCCCAUAGACAGCGCUGCAGAGGGCACCGCGGGGCUCCCCAGGGCAGCUGCUGACUCAACCCUCUGAGGAGGUGGGGGGCGGGGAGAGGAGGGGCCGGGCCAGCCCCCAGGACCGCUCAUUAGCCCCGUUGUUGUUGUGUUGGAAAGACAAGGUGCCGGGGCUCGGCGCGGCGGGAGACGGGGGGAUUGAGCCGGCUGCGGCGGGGAGGGAAGUGGCAGGUUAGGCGGCAGCAGCCGCCUGCUGCAAGGACUGCAUGACUCCCGCAGCCUCGCCUCGCUGCAGUCCGCCCCCUUCCCAGACCCGGAGGCUGCUGGAGGGGAGGGAGGUGCCGGUCCGCGGACAAGGAGGGGCCCUGCAGGAAUCCUCGUCCUCAACGUGCAGUUUGGCUGGCGCUCCCCCUCCCCAGGAUCCCGCCUGCAGACGCCGCUGGUGAUCCCUAAGUGAGAAGUUUUUUUAUGUAGACUGACGAGAGAGAGAGAGAGAGACACACAAUGGCAAAUUCAGCCAGAGAACAUCUGCUUUUUGUGCGACGACGUAAUCCUCAGCUACGGUAUACUCUGAGCCCAGAGAACCUGCAGAGUCUGACAUCUCAGGGCACCAUACCUGAGAACAUGAACUUACAGCGUGCCAACAGUGACACUGAUCUAGUGACCUCUGACAGCCGCUCUAGUCUGACAGCGAGUAUGUAUGAAUACACCCUGGGGCAAUCUCAGAACCUCAUUAUUUUCUGGGAUAUUAAAGAAGAAGUUGACCCAACAGACUGGAUAGGACUUUAUCAUAUAGAUGAGAAUUCUCCUGCCAAUUUCUGGGAUUCCAAGAACCGGGGAGUGACGGGCACGCAGAAAGGACAAAUCGUAUGGCGAAUUGAACCUGGCCCCUAUUUUAUGGAACCUGAAAUAAAGAUCUGUUUUAAAUACUACCAUGGUAUUAGUGGAGCCCUGCGAGCUACUACCCCAUGUAUCACUGUGAAAAACCCUGCUGUGAUGAUGGGUGUGGAAGGCAUGGAUGAAGGUGCUUCUGCAGCUCAACAGUCUCGGAAACUAGUCAGCUUUGCAUUAUCAGAUAUUAGAGCAGUUGGGCUAAAAAAAGGGAUGUUCUUCAAUCCUGAUCCUUACUUAAAGAUGUCCAUUCAGCCAGGGAAAAAAAGCACGUUUCCUACAUUUGCCCAUCAUGGUCAGGAGAAAAGGUCUACUAUCAUCAGUAACACAACUAACCCUGUUUGGCACAGAGAGAAAUAUUCUUUUGUUGCACUUCUGACAGACGUCUUGGAAAUUGAAAUUAAAGACAAAUUUGCCAAGAGUCGUCCUAUCAUCAAGCGCUUUCUUGGGAAGUUAACAAUACCAGUCCAGAGACUAUUGGAGAGGCAUGCAAUAGGAGACCAAAUUCUCAGCUAUAACCUCGGCAGAAGGCUCCCAGCUGACCACGUAAGUGGGUAUCUCCAAUUCAAAGUCGAGAUUACAUCUUCCAUUCAUGAAGAUGCUUCACCAGAAACAGUUGGUACUUUGCUAGGAGUGAACUCUGUGAAUGAAGACUUAGGAAGCCCUUCUGAUGAUGAGGACAUGCCAGCAGGGAACCAUGACAUGCUUCCAGUUUGUUUAAAUGGCCCAAUCCUUGAGGAAUCUGUUGGAAAUGCACUCCUUACGCAUUCGUUAAGGACUAGUACAACUCUAGAAAUGGACCAGGAGGGGUUAACCUCUACUGCUGCAAGGUCAUCACCUAACAGAGGUCGCCAGGACUCACUGAAUGACUAUCUGGAUGCAAUAGAACACAAUAGUCAUCCUAGACCUGGGACAUCUGCCUGCAGUGAGCGUUCACUUGGGGCAUCCCCAAAACUAAGGAGUAGUUUUCCUACUGACACGAGACUUAAUGCUAUGCUUCAUAUUGACUCAGAUGAAGAGGAGCAUGAGUUGCAUAAAGAUCUGGAUUUUCAGUCUUCCUUGGAAGAAGAGGGUGGUUUAGUAAUGUUUAAUGGUGCUACAAGGAAUGUUGAAGGAAAUCUUUUAAGUUACUCAUUGUCAAAUCAGAUAAUGCAAGGUCCUGCAGAGGAUGGGAAAGUACCAGCCCUCGAAAUUCCUUUGCCGUCCUCUGAUAACCAGCAGGAGACUCUCCAAGGGCUUCCACCAUCAGAGUUAGCAGGAGAAGAUGGUGAAGGCCAGCCAGAUUCUCAGAACAAUCUGUCGGUAGAAUGGGCUGGCAGUGAAUUGUGCGCCUGUCAGGCGGCAGAGCAGCCUACUAGCAGUGCAGACACAGGAGCUUCAGACUCUGCCGUUGGUAGCAGAAGAGGUAUUAGUGAAACGGAAUCCAUUGACCAAGGAUCUGAACCAUCCCAGGUAUCCUCAGAAACUGAGCACAGCGAUCCUGCUCGCACAGAAAGUGUCAGUGAGUCCAGUACCAGACCAGAAGGAGAGAGUGAUGUGGAAGGGGCAGACAGUACUUGCAAUGAAAGUGUGACUACAUGUCUCUCCUCAGUCGAAACUCGGUGUUCUUCUUUUGAAAGUGCCAGGUUUUCUGAGACUCCUGCCUUUUCUUCUCAGGAAGAGGAAGAGGGAGCUUGUGCCACCCAUGUGACCAGAAGGGACCCUGCUGCAGAAACACAGGACUCUGUGUGCACUCCUGGCUCUUUACCUGCGGUGCGGUUACCCAGCAGUCAAGAGGAGGCUCGGCAGCUAGCUGAAGGAGGUGAAUUACAGGAUAGAGAUGACUCAGAAGAAAUUUGGCAGAGGAGGAGGAGGAGUCUGCAGGCUGCAGCUGCAAGUAGCCAGUGUCAGGAUGAAGAAACUGAAGGUACCCAAGCUGCUUGCGAGGAGGGAGCUACACAAGUUGAAGGAGCUAGUGGAGGUUCCCAAGCCAAUGGCCACCAGAAUUUGAGGUCACUACCGUCAGUACGUCAGGAUGCUAGCCGAUAUCAGAGAGUGGAUGAGGCUCUGCCACCGAACUGGGAGGCCCGAAUCGACAGCCAUGGGAGGAUAUUCUAUGUGGAUCAUGUAAACAGAACAACAACAUGGCAGCGACCCACAGCUCCUCCAGCCCCACAGAUCCUCCAGAGGUCAAAUUCUAUACAGCAAAUGGAGCAGCUGAAUCGCCGAUAUCAGAGUAUUCGUCGAACAAUGACUAAUGAUAGGCCUGAAGAGCACCCACAUGCCAUUGAUGGAGCUGGAGAGGAUACUGACUUCCAUCAUUCUAAUGCAGAUUUUCGAAGGGAGAAUGUGCUGCCUCACUCUACCUCCAGAUCCAGGCUUACUUUAUUGCUACAGUCUCCUCCAGUGAAAUUCCUUAUCAGUCCAGAGUUCUUUACAGUGCUGCAUUCUAACCCUAGUGCCUACCGCAUGUUUACAAACAACACGUGUUUGAAGCACAUGAUCACCAAAGUCCGGCGGGACACCCACCAUUUUGAGCGUUACCAGCAUAAUCGGGAUUUGGUGGGCUUCCUCAAUAUGUUUGCUAACAAACAGCUGGAGCUGCCGAGAGGUUGGGAAAUGAAGCAUGACCAUCAGGGCAAGGCUUUUUUUGUUGACCACAAUUCCCGCACCACCACGUUCAUUGACCCACGGCUUCCCUUGCAGAGUAGCAGGCCCACUAGUGCAUUAGUGCAUCGACAGCACUUAACCAGACAGCGCAGCCACAGUGCUGGUGAGGUAGGAGAGGAUUCCCGACAUUCAGGACCACCAGUUCUACCAAGACCGUCCAGCACGUUUAAUACAGUCAGCAGGACUCAGUACCAGGACAUGGUUCCAGUGGUAAGCUGUUUUCGGUUGCCACUUACAGCCUACAAUGACAAGAUUGUCGCAUUUCUGAGACAGCCCAAUAUCUUUGAAAUUCUACAAGAGCGUCAACCAGAUCUUACCAGGAAUCAUUCACUCAGGGAGAAGAUCCAGUUUAUCCGGACAGAGGGAACACCUGGACUAGUGCGUUUAUCCAGUGAUGCAGACCUUGUCAUGUUACUAAGUUUGUUCGAAGAAGAAAUAAUGUCAUACGUGCCGCCACAUGCCUUACUUCAUCCCAGUUAUUGCCAAUCCCCAAGAGGUUCUCCAGUAUCCUCACCUCAGAACUCUCCAGGUACUCAGCGUGCUAAUGCCAGAGCUCCAGCUCCUUAUAAAAGAGAUUUUGAAGCCAAACUGAGGAACUUCUACAGGAAACUGGAGACUAAAGGAUAUGGACAAGGGCCAGGGAAAUUAAAAUUAAUCAUCAGGAGAGACCACUUGCUGGAAGAUGCCUUCAAUCAGAUUAUGGGUUACUCAAGAAAAGACCUGCAGAGAAAUAAACUCUAUGUCACAUUUGUUGGAGAAGAAGGGUUGGAUUACAGUGGACCGUCAAGAGAGUUUUUUUUCCUGGUGUCCCGAGAGCUCUUCAAUCCAUAUUAUGGUUUAUUUGAAUAUUCAGCCAAUGAUACCUACACAGUACAAAUAAGUCCCAUGUCUGCUUUUGUAGACAAUCACCAUGAGUGGUUCAGGUUCAGUGGUCGAAUCCUUGGUCUUGCUCUGAUACAUCAGUAUUUGUUAGAUGCCUUCUUUACACGGCCCUUUUAUAAAGCCCUCCUCCGAAUACUCUGUGACCUGAGUGACUUGGAAUACCUUGAUGAGGAGUUCCACCAGAGUUUGCAGUGGAUGAAAGACAACGAUAUACAUGAUAUCCUAGAUCUCACAUUCACUGUAAAUGAAGAAGUUUUUGGGCAGAUCACUGAACGGGAAUUGAAACCAGGGGGUGCCAACAUCCCAGUCACAGAGAAGAACAAAAAAGAAUACAUAGAGAGAAUGGUGAAAUGGAGAAUUGAGAGAGGGGUUGUGCAGCAAACAGAAAGUCUAGUUCGAGGUUUCUACGAGGUUGUUGACGCCAGGCUGGUGUCUGUAUUUGAUGCAAGAGAAUUGGAACUGGUUAUUGCUGGCACGGCAGAAAUUGACUUAAGUGACUGGAGAAACAACACAGAGUAUAGAGGAGGUUACCAUGACAAUCACAUGGUAAUUCGGUGGUUCUGGGCUGCUGUAGAAAGAUUCAACAAUGAACAACGGCUAAGGCUAUUACAGUUUGUUACAGGCACAUCCAGCAUACCUUAUGAGGGGUUUGCAUCUCUAAGAGGGAGCAAUGGGCCAAGAAGAUUCUGUGUAGAAAAAUGGGGAAAAAUCACUGCUCUUCCCAGGGCUCAUACAUGUUUCAAUCGUCUUGACCUUCCCCCUUACCCAUCAUUCGCCAUGCUCUGUGAGAAACUGUUGACAGCAGUUGAAGAGACAAGUACCUUUGGACUUGAGUGAUACGCAAACCACAGUGCCCAGCUCUUUGGCCGUUUGUGGAUCUGUCCUCUCAAGAAUGAAUGAACAUUUGUAUUGGAUUUCUUAGAGGAAAAUUGUUUUACAAUGCAAUUCAGAUAAUGAGAUUUCCAUGACUGAGUAAAUCUAGCUUCGGAAGCAGUUACAAGCAUUGUGAUAGUGGCGGAGUAUUCUACACUAAUACUGGAGUGUGCCUGGUGUGCAGGGAAAACCAACAGUCUUGCAAUAAACAGUUUUUCUUGACUGCCAUGUUUGUUAUGGCCCAAGCAAAAGAUGUGACCAUGCAUGAUCAGCAAGGUGGCUAAAUCUGAUAAAUGGUGAAAUCCAGUUUCAAGAUAAAGUCCUUGAAUGUCCAGUUCAAGUCAAAAUGUGAAAUUGUUUAGCCCACCCCUAAAUUAGCUAAAAUCAAACUAUGGAAUUCUUUAUUUAAAAAAAAAAGUUUCCUAAAGAUACAUUACUUUAUGCCAUAUACUAUAACAGAAUAUCCAUUACUUGCUAUACCUAAGACUACGAGUGCCUGCAUGGUGUGCAUCACAGGUUUCAGCUUCCUGGGGCAGAAGUGAAUUUGAAGGAAAAUCAGCAACAAGGGAUGUCACAACAAUGGCUUGCAAUAAGGAGGUUUGUGAAAAUGUAUAUGCAAGUGGUGCGUGUAUGGCAAAUGAUGAGCUGUUAUAAGGAGAACUUAAUAAUGACCGAUUUUAUGCUUUAUACUGCAUGGAAACUGUUUUAAAAAAUAAGUAUCAAUUUACCACAGCAUAUCAGGAAAAAAAACUUACACAGUGACUUCUCUUUAUUUUUAUAGGUUCAUUAUGUUAAGUUCCUCAGAGUCUAAAUAAGAAACUAGCAUACUAAAUGCUAUUUUUGUUCAUUUCACUUUUCAUGCAUAAACAGACAUUGUGCUAGUGUUUUAUUCUUUAAGCACUCUCAAGGAAAAAAAAUGCCUUUUAUUUUUAUAUGAGUAAGAAAUUCCCAAAAAUAUUUUGCACUGAAUGUACCAAAGUUGAAGGGAUAUUAUGAUCAGACUGACCGCAAACUGCAUCACUCUUACAAGUAUCUAGAAAAUAACUUCUGAAGAACCAAGCUUUCUUCACAGUGCCAUGUCUGUAGAUAUCAGGACUGUGCACAUAAGUAAUAAUUUUGUAAAAAUCACUACAUGUGAUAUUGUAAUAUGCAUUUAUUUUAAAUGCAUUUGGUUCAUUUUUCAUCCAUCAAAUAACCUUUAAGGGAUUGAGGGUAAUACAGAUGUUUCAUUUUUCCCAGCAACUUUUAUUUGUACAGCACCGUAAAACACACUAGCUUAUAGGGGAAACCAUUUGCGACACUUAAGAGGAUGAACCUUUAAUAGUAAUGAUUCCACUCUCCCUUAUCAGUGAACCUCCAAGCUGUAAACUGUUCGUAAUGUCUUUCUAAUUGCAUUUUCACUGAUGAGUAGUUUUCUUAUCAAUGUUAAUUAAAAUGGAGUCCUUUUCAAUGGUAUAUCAAAAACUGCAUGAAUCCACCAAUUUAAUUAUGCGUAAUUUUGUCAAAGUGCACAGGGGUCACUUGCACCCAUUCCUCAUAACUAUCUUUAAUUCUAAAUUAGUUUUGCAUCUUUGCACUUGUACAGCCAUUAAGAAAUACUACAUACAUCGUGCCAGAGUUCCGGAAAACUUCAACUGGAUGUUGAAUGGCAAGAACAGAAAUACAGCUCUUUGUGUUCCUUUUGAUGGCACUCAAGCAUUUCAAGACCUGCUUUGUGGGAGAACUAAGUUUGGGAGUAACCUCAGGAUUCCCACUCUGGGGACUCUCAUUGAAUAGGGGUCUCAGUGAGGUGACAUGCUUAUUUUCCAUAUUCAUAACAAUGGAAGCACUCAUCCACUCAAGUGAACAUUGGAAUGGCAAUAAAGAUGCUGCCAGCAAAGACUACUUUUUCACCCUCACAAUGAGAAAGUAGGUGCUGUUGUGGUGGUAGGAGCGGGGUGCUGGGUAAGUGUAAGUUGCCUCAGAUCCCUCUCCCCACCCCACCCUGUAUUCAGAUAACUGAGGAAACCCCCCUGUCAAAAAUAAAAUGAAAAUAUCUUUUGACUUUACAAAUAAUGGGUUCCUC